AUGACGGCCUACAUGACAAAGAACCAGUACGUUGACACAUCAGUACAGAAAGGAGGGGUACCGGGCUUCUCCGGGUGCAUAGAACACACCAGUGUCAUCUCCCAGCUGAUCCAGGAAGCUAAAGUGAACAAAACUGAUCUCACUGUGGUAUGGUUGGACCAAGCUAAUGCAUAUGGAACUGUCCCUCAUAUGUUGAUAGACGAGGCAAUAUGGCAUUACCACAUACCAGAACACUUUAGGAACCUGAUCAGAAGCUACUUCAGUGGGAUACAGCUGAGAUUUACCACCAAAGAAUUCACAACUUCAUGGCUGGAACUACAGAAGGGAAUUGUUACUGGAUGCACAAUAUCUGUGAUUCUCUUUGUGAUGGGCAUGAACAUGAUCAUUAAAGCAGGAGAGCAAGAGACAGAGGGCCAAAGACAGCUAGUGACACCAGGCAACCACCAAGCAGGGGAUUCAUGGACUAUUACCUCCAAUUAUAAAAUCUAA